GAGUCACCAUGCGCUGAUGCUCCGCCGCACGCACCUCAGCACCCGCAUCAACACGCCAAAACUCAAACAACAGCCGACCGGCACGAUGGAUGGGCAACAUAAAGACCGCAGAAUGACUCAUUUGUGGAUAUUGACGUUACUGAUAUUAGUUUAACCCCUUAGCACUGGAUAACUCGGUCUUUUCCAACUUUUUCUUCUGGAUACGGAUUGCGGAGCUGGAUCUUGUCUUACUGGCUUUGGAAGAAGGAUUAUAUUUAUUCUGAUCACUUUUUGUUUCAUCGUCACUGCCUCCUUUUUUUUUUGGGCCACCAUCACUUGGAAUAGAAGCGUUUUGUGGGAGGACGAACUGAUUUUUUUGGGAUACGCACGUUAAAACUCUAAAGGAUGGCCGAUUGGUUCACUUCUAUCCUCGCAAUUGUUAUGACAUUAUUUGCUCAGGUUUUGGGAUCAAGUGUGUUCGAGAUAGAUCUCCAUCAUUUUCAGAAUACGAAAAGUUUGCUGGCAAAUGGACGUAGUUGCAGCAUGAAUGGCUGCAGGACUUAUUUCAAGGUUUGUUUGAAAAACUACCAGGCGGAAGUGUCUCCCGGGAGGUGUAUAUUCGGCAAAAGCUCCACACCUGUUCUGGGGACCGAUUCCUUCAGCAUCCAGUCGGACGCCAGGCUGCGUCUGCCCCUCAACUUCUCCUGGCCGGGUGCUUUCUCAUUACUCAUCGAAGCGUGGCAUUCUCCUCCUGCGGAGCAGCCUGGAGAUAACGCCAACACAGAUUUCUUGAUAAGUUCUUUUGCCAUCCAAAAACAGCUGGAAAUUGGGCCCGAGUGGGCCGAGGCUGUGCAGACUCAGAGCCGGGCGCAGACGGAGCUCAGGUACUCAUACCGGAUCAUCUGCAACGAACACUACUACGGGGACACCUGUUCCAAAAUAUGCGCUCCAAGAGAUGACCGCUUCGGCCACUACACCUGCAGGCCUGACGGACAAAUAGCCUGCCUGCCCGGAUGGAGGGGAGAAUACUGCCAAGAACCGAUCUGUCUUGAAGGCUGCAAUGAAAGAUAUGGAACCUGCACAUUACCAGGAGAGUGCAAAUGCAGAGAGGGCUGGCAAGGACUCUUUUGUGAUGUGUGUAAACUCCAUCCGUCCUGUAAACAUGGUACCUGUGAAGAGCCGUGGCAGUGCACCUGCGAAGAAGGCUGGGGAGGCAUUUUUUGUGACCAAGACCUGAACUACUGCACCCAUCACAAGCCCUGUGUCAACGGGGCCACGUGUAUGAACACAGGCCAGGGCAGCUACACCUGCGCAUGCCUCCCGGGCUUCACUGGGGCCAACUGUGACUUGGAGGUCCGGGAGUGUGACAGCAAGCCCUGUCACAACGGAGCCCAGUGCCUGGACUCUGAGAACGGCUAUAGGUGUGAGUGCCCGCCGGGAUUCGAAGGGACACACUGUGAGCACCGGACGCUGACCUGCGCAGACAGACCGUGCUUCCACAGCGGCGAGUGCAGGGAGAGGGACGAUGGCCACAGCUACGUAUGCGACUGUCCAGCUGGCUACACUGGACUCAACUGUGAGAAGAAAGUGGACAAAUGCACCUCCCUGCAGUGCACCAACGGUGGACAUUGUGUGGUCCAGGGUAACCUAAGACUGUGCAGCUGUCGCUCCGGCUUCGCGGGGCCGCGCUGUGAGGUCAACAUCGAUGAAUGCGCCUCCAGCCCCUGCGCCAACGGCUCCACCUGCACGGACCGCAUCAACGACUACACCUGCGCCUGCCCCCCCGGGUACAAAGGCCGCCACUGCGACAGGCCCACUGACCCCUGCGCCGCCCGGCCCUGCGCCAGCGGCUGGACAUGCUCCCUCGGGCCCAAAGGCAAGCCCGUCUGCGUCUGCCCCCCCCACUACAGCCCCUCCCAGUGCCGGGCCGCCAGCGAACCCUCGGGAAACACACCCAGCCCCAACAUAGGCCUGGAGCCCAGCGAGAAGCUGAACUGGGCCGCCAUCAGCCUGGGCGUGGGUCUGGUGGCCGUCCUGGUGAUUCUCUGCAUGGCAGCGGCGGUGGUGCGUCACAAAAAGAAGCAGAGGAAAAAAGAGCAGGACUCGGAGACGAUGAACAACCUCUCCAAAGCGGACUUUCAGAGAGAGAAUCUCAUCUCUUCUGUCGAGCUCAAAAACACAAAUAAAAAGAUUGAUCUGGAGGUGGACUGCCCCACAGAGAAGUCUAAUCAUAAAUACAUCAACCACUAUCACCUGGACUAUAAAUCUUCCACGGGGUACAAGGACGAACUGUCCCUUGAGGACAAAGAUGAAAACUGUGAAAAGACAAUAGAAGACAAAAAACAUUUAAGUAGAAUGUACAACAAAAGGCCAGAGUGGAUUUCAACAAUAUGUUCCUCCAGAGAUUCAAUGUACCAGUCGGUCUUUGCAUUAGCAGAAGAGAAACAUGAAUGCAUCAUUGCAACGGAGGUAUAAUAAUCGGAAUAUAUUACUCAUAGUCAUCGUUGGAUCCCUUGUGGACUGUUUACAAGUGAAGAGACUGGGAUUUAUUUAAAUGCAAGUUGCUGCUCUUGAAAACUUGAUAACUGGAUGGAAGUUGUGUGCUCUCUGACUGACAAUAGGACUAAAGCAUCUAAUCUGUCUGAGAAUGUACAAAUGGAAAAAAAAAAAAUUCCAAGCAGAUUGCGUGGGGAAAAAAAAAAGCGAACAAGCCAAUCUGGCUUUCAACUCAAACCCUCAUCUUCUCCGUUCAAGUUAAUCCGAGGGCAACAGGACGUUUAUGCCUGCAUGCGAAAUAGGUAGAGGAAGUCAAUCCUGAUGCGCUCCUUGACUUGCAAGUGUAAUUAUCUCCCAUGCCAGGAGCUGACCUUCUCCAUUCCUCCUGACCUGCAGCGCACAGUGCAAAGAAAAGUCGCAUUUGUGCAAAUUCAGAAAAGACUCAAAAAAACUACUGAAGACGGUUCAUGUUUGAGGGAUGUUUGGAUACUUGGGUAUAUUUGUUGUAAAUCAAAUCCAUUUUUAUAAAGAAUGUAUGCAGACUAGAUCACAAAGCCUUAUAUGUGUAUUUGAGAAAAACUCUGUACCCUGCCUUAUUUUGAAUCCUUUGCACAGCAACUUAGAGGUAACAAUAAAUGAUCAAAAAGAUGCAAUAUGCUAAAACACCAUGCAGGGAAACUAGUGAUUGGGACUUGUCUACUUUAUGCAAGAUUACCCUUAAAUAAAAACAAAGACAUACAAGAAGUGACUAUCAUACCAAGGACGCCGUCAGUGGAAAUUACUGAACCAAUAAUGUUAUUUUGUAAGAUUAGCAUUGCAUUAGUAAUUUAAUUAUAUGAAGCACUGAUCUUUCUCUUUUCAUGUUUUAUAAGAUUAUUUUGUAUAUACUGUAUAUUUAUAUGCCGAGAUUAGAAGUAUGACCUGUACAACUGUUUUUAUGUUGAUGCCACCAAAAAGGUGAAUUUAUUUUUUCAAUGUUCUUUUUGUGUUUCAU